AUGAAUUUAGCUUAUACACCCACAGUUAUUGCUGUUUGCAACCUACACACUCAGUCAGACUCUCAGGAUAUGAACAACAACAGCACCUUCGUACCUGAUGAGACAUUGAAAUUCGAUGACAUUGACAUAAAAACCUUUAAUGAUAAAGGUGUACAAUGUGACCCUGAUCCCCUACUGGAGGAGAACCUUGCCCUGAGGAAAGAGUUAGAGGAUCUCAAGAGAGAACGUGACCGACACAAAUGGAGUGCAGAGAAAAUUGCCAAUGAUGAUGGAAAGACCAAGUAUUACACUGGGCUACCUUCCUAUGCAGUGUUCAUCUGGCUUUUCAAUUUCCUGAGACCUAAGGCAGAGAGAAUGAGGUAUUGGAUUAGUUCCAACACAGACCAGGAUUCAGACAGACAGAGAGUAUGA